UUGAAAAUGGAGAACAUUUCUAAUGUCUUUGUGUUCACCCUCUCAGGACUUAAUGAAACAACUGAAAACAGAUCCAUCAUUUUUGCGUUUACAGCAGUGUGGUAUUAUCUUACUUUACUGUGUAACAUCACUGUCAUUUUUUCUAUUGUUUCAGAUAAGGGGCUUCAUGAGCCUAUGUACAUAUUUUUAUGCAAUUUGUGUGUAAAUGUACUUUAUGGCACUGCUGGUUUCUACCCUAAAUUCAUGUAUGAUUUGUUGUCCCCGUUUCAUGUGAUUUCAUAUGAAGGAUGUUUGAUUCAGAUAUUUGUUAUUUAUUCAUCUGCUUUGGGUGACUUAUCCACUUUAACAGUAAUGGCAUAUGACAGGUAUGUGGCAAUAUGUAGACCACUAGAGUACCACUCAGAAAUGACAAAUCAAAAAGUUAUAAAAUGUAUCCUCUUUUGUUGGCUCGCACCAUUUUUUUGCAUGAUUGUUGUAGUCUUUCUAACAUCAAGACUAACACUGUGUGGCUCAAGUAUCGAAAAGUUAUAUUGUGAAACUUGGGCUGUUGCUAAAUUGGCCUGCUAUUCUACAACAGUGAAUAAUGUAGUUGGACAAGUAGUAAUUGUAAUAUAUUUUGGACAUGCAGUGUUAAUAGUUUGCUCAUAUGUUAAACUGAUUCAAACAUGCAGGAAGUCAAAAGAGGGCAGGUAUAGAUUCAUGAAGACUUGUACACCACACCUGCUUGCACUGUUUAAUAUUUCUGUUGCAUUGUUGUUUGAUGUGUUUUACAGUAGAUAUGGUUCAAGCUCUUUACCACAAAGUCUACGAAACUUCUUAGCAUUGGAUUUUCUAUUCAUACCACCAAUUUUAAACCCCCUUAUUUACGGACUGCAACUAACGAAAAUUCGGAAACAAGUUAUAGGAUUCUGCUUCAGAAAAAAUGUAGGCACAGCCUAG